GUAGCAAAAAGCCAAAAUUGGAAGAAAAGUACCAUUCCAUUACUCGUUGUUUACUAAAAAUAUGUAUUGUUUUUUUUUUAGCAUCUUAAACCCAAAAAUAAAUGUUAAUGAUAACGUUUGUGUGGUUUCAGAAGUCGUUAUCACAAUAAUAAUACACAUUCGCCACCCGGUGUCGGGUGUUGUUACUUGUUAAUCGUUCCAGUGUUUAGCUAAUAAUUAGCAAUUAUUAAUAUUACUACUAGUAUUAAUAAUUAUUGUUAUUAGCGUAGCGCGCAGGCACAGUACUUAUUAUUAUUUAUAAUAUUGUGGUUAAUUUUAGUAGUAUUUUAUUUAAUUCAGUUUUCGUCUUUAAGAUUUAGUUCACUGUUAUGUUAAAUUGUAGCAUUCGUUUUUUAUUUACCCAUUUGCAUACUAGAGCUUGUUAAUAAUUAUAUAUAUGUGAAUCCGAGUACAAAUACAAAACUGUAUUGUAGGUAGUUGUUGUUAGGUAUGGACAAAAAAACUAAGAUUACUAGUACUAGUCAAAAAAAGACUUUAGCAAAAAUGCAAAGCGUCAAGUUAAAUGAUUGCAAGAUCAUAGUAUUGAAACUGGUGGACCAAUUACUUGAUGGUUAAUUGAACAAAUAAUCAUCUACCUAUCCUUUGAAGUUAAUAUGAUAUGUUAAAUAAUUUGUUUUAUUUUACAGCAACGAGUAUGAUGUCUAAUACCCCAUCAAUCAAAGAACAAUGGUCUAUACAUUUGGUAAUUGUCAAUCUACUGUCUAAAAUUAAUCAACUAGAAGCAGAAUUUGAUUUGAAGCCACUGUCCCAGAGAAACGAUCAGUCUAUUGAAAAAUUGACCAAGUGGGCUACAAAAAAUGGUGCUAUUCUUAACGGGGUUGAAAUUCAUCAAUUUCAAGACUAUGGGUAUGGUAUGAAAGCCAAUAAACCUAUUACAGAAGGUGAUAAGCUCGUGACUGUUCCAAAAUCCUUGAUGAUGACUGAAGAAAAUAUAUCUGCAUCUCCUCUAUGUAAGAUUUUUACAAUAAAAAUUUAGAAACCAAAUAUAUUGAAUAAAUUAUUGUAAUUAUUGUAUUAUAUAAUUUUAAAAUUUAAAAUUUUAUGUCUAGGGAAAUUGCACUCACAAGAUAUGAUGUUGCGUAAUAUGCCAAAUGUUGCUUUAGCAAUAUUCAUCUUGGUCGAAAGUUUACGAAAGGAUAAAAAAAGUUUUUGGCAUCCAUAUUUAACUACUUUACCGGAGACUUACUCAACACCAGUGUAUUUUGAAGUGGCUGAUCUCGAAGCUUUGAAAGGAUCACCUGCAUUUGGUACUAUCUCAAGUUGUGUACAAAAUUGAAGUUCGCUCAUAAACAUAAUAUUAUGUACCUACCUAGUUAUUAAAAGUUUAAUAUAAAUACAAAUCAUUUAACCUGGUUAAAUAUACCUUAAUAGAGCAAGUUUGAUCAAAUUAAUUUCAAUUCACUCUUAUCAUAGUAUUUAUAUUUUUAUUAGGUAUAGGUAUUUUGUAUAUUGGUGAAUAUAAUUUUAUUAAAAAUAUGUUAGAUUUAUUAUUAAUAAGUCAUAUAUUUUGUUUUCUAUGAAUUUAGAAGCAGCACUAAAACUAAAUAGAAAUAUAGCAAGGCAAUAUGCAUACUUCAAAAAACUCUUUCAAGUAAUUAUAACUAAAUAUUAUUUUUUUUAAUUAAUUCGGCCGUAGCCAUGAAUACAAAUACUAAGAUAUUUAAACAAUUUUGUUUUGUUAAAUAUUGAAUACUAAUAUAUGGUAGGUAUGUAUGAACAUAGGCAUAUAAAAAACAUCCAAUUAAACAUUUUUUAGUAGUAAUUAUAAAUAAAUAAUAAUUACAAUAGGUAGAUACCUACCUUAAAAAAAACCUGAACAUUUUAAUAAAAUACAAUUCUAUAUUAAAUCAGUUAAGCUUCUUUUGAUGUACCUAUUUUAUUUAGAAAAAAAAUAUCCUAUAGAUUAUUAUAACAUUCACUAAUUUUUGUUUUUUUUCGAGUUGAAUCAUUGCUAACUGUGUAGGGGCAGUCUGUGCAUCAAUGUCUCUACUAUGGCUAGUUAUUUUUAUUUCAUUAAUAAAUAGUGUAAUUUUAUAAUUUGAUAAGCCAUAUAUUUAUCAUUGUAUUUAUCUGUGUUAAUUAAUUUACUGGGUGAUAUCAAUUAUUACAAAACCAGAUAGUGUAGGAUUGCCAUAAGUAAAUAGGUAUAUAGAACAGGGAAAUAUAAUUUUAAAAUAUUAAUACCAAUUUUUUAUUCUCUAAUGUAAUUAAACUUUGAAAUUCAAACUAUGUAUUGGUAAACUUUUAAUGUAUUUAUGGUACAAUUUUUAAUUUUUUUUUCAUUAACCAUAGAUAUAUUAAAUCAUUUAUGAAUAGACAAAUUUCCUAAAAUGGCCAUAGGCGAAUGUACCUAUAAUAUAGAAUUUUUUUAUCUAGUUUUUAAUAAUAAAAUUUAUUUUCAUGAAAAUGGAUGGGACCCAUCAGAAACUUUCCUUGAUUUAGUCUGUCAUUAAUUAUUAAUGCAACUUUAUCGGAUAAACACAAUAAUCCUCAAAAUUCAACAAAAACAUUACUUAAAAAUUACAUGAAUAAAUGAAAUAAAAUAAGUUUAUAUACCCAGUUAUAAUGGAGAUAUUUGUGUAGAUUAAAAUUGUUGUUAAUAAUUUUGAAGCUUUACUCUUUGUACAAUAUCCUGUUUCUUGGACAUUUCAAAAAAUGUUCUUAUCAUGUUUAAUUAAAUGCAGUGUCCAAAAUCACAAAUUAAUAGAAAUAUAGGAACAAUUGACAAAACAAUUGGUGGUAUUAAAAUUUGUAUUUGGAGUUGAAUGUUGAAAUUAACACCUUCAAUGUUAAAUUGAUAAAUAAAUGUUUAUAAUUUAUGUUUUCAGUUGUCAGAUGAUCCAGCUAGUGUAAUAUUAAAAGAUACAUUUACUUAUGAGUAUUAUAGGUGAGUUAAAAAGUUUACAGUAUAUUUUGAGUGAUUGUGUUUAUUUAUUAUGUGCUUAUAUUAUACCGGAAAGCUUACAAUUUAGAAUCAAAACUUAUUCUUAGUAAUUUGGUAUUAUUGAUUUUUUACCAAACCAUUAUAAUUUACUAUUUUCAAUUUAUUAUAUUUACCCAGUUUUGCUUUUGAUUUUUAUUUGAGCUUAUAGAAUAUUAAAGUUUUAAUUUUUUUUGGUGAUAAGGUUAAGCCAGAUUCAUUAGUAUGCUAUUGGCAUUACCAUUAAUCAUAAUUCAAUUUCAGGUUUUAUUAAAUUUGUUAAUUUUAUUUUUAAAUUUUAUAUUUAGUGUGUGUUAUAAUACUAAGUUCAAUGAUAAUAAGUAAUUAUGAAUUAAAAUAUAAUGCAACAUUUUUAAAAUUUCAAAUUUCAAAGAAUAUACAUAAUACAGGAACCAAUAACUUUAUCUAAUAAUAAAUAAGGUUUUUUUUGUUGAAUGGAAAAACAAUUGAGAAUUUUCCAUGUUUUACUAUUUAUUUUAAACUGCAUAUGUUUUGUUAUAGUAAAAAAAAUUAACAAUAAGUAUUAAGAAUAAUUUAAAUUUUGUCCAUAGUACAGACAGCUUUUUGACACUGAUCAGUCAUAACGGAAUGUUUUCCUCAAUGUUCUCCACAAGUAAUAUUGACGAUUGGCAGUUGUUUGAGCGUCAAUAUGUCCUCCAUAUCCAUCAUAAUAUUGUUCGUGACAAUGUUUGUCCAUAACAGGACUUGUGCUCCGGGCACUAGACCGAAGAUCUGGAUCAUGGUGUAUAUUAUGUUGACAAAACACUGAUGAUUUUUUCCUUAACAUUUGUUUCUUUUGUCUCAUUCUACAUGAUAUAAGCAAUACAAAAAAUCCUAGGACAGCUAUUGCCAAUAUUGCAGCACUUGCUAUAAUGGCCGAUUUAACACCUACUGGCAAUUUUCUCAUUUCAAAACGGCGGUAUAUUAAAUUGUUAUCUUCAUCAAUGGUUUUCUCACCAUUAUUUUGAUAUUUGUCUAAAUGAUUAGUGUCUUGAAUAAAUAAUACUUGUGAUGGAAUAGUUGGUGUUAUAAGUGGUCUUAAGGUAGUUUUUAAUGUAAAAUCAGGCAUACUAUCAAAAAGACGGGGUUCACGUUCAAGAGUUUCUAAAACUAUUCGAGUUUUUGGUGUUUUCGAUACAAAUGAAGUGGCUUCAUUUUCUUUAUUGUUUUUGUUUGUAGUUGUGUAGGUAGUUGUGGUUGGAAAACUAAAUACUUUUUGCUCUUGAAAAAUUGAAUCUAGUUGAAUUUUAAAUAAUUCUUUCUCCUGUUCAUUUUUUUCUAUGUUAACAUUAUUUAAUGGUUCAAUUAUUGGUGAUUUAAAAACACUUGUGUCUUUGUGACCAUGAUUUUCUUCUUUAGAAAUUUGAAUUUGUAUGUUUGAUUUAUUGUUAUCAAAAUCUUUGUGUUUGAGUUGUGGUAUUUGUUCAGUAGGCCUGUUUACAUCUUGUUCAUUUUGCUUUUCUUCGUUAGAAUUUUUAUCAGCUAAUGAAGUUUGAAUAUUUUGUUUUUUGAACUCUUUUCUAUUUUCAGUAGAUAAUAUAAACUCAUUUGUUUUUUCUAUUUUUUGAGUAUCCUUAUUAUUUUGUGCUAAACGUUUAGUUUCGAUUAAAUAAUUUGUAAAGUUCUUAGUAUUUUCUGUCACUAUUACUGGCUCACCAGAACUUAUUUCUUCUUGAAGUUGUUCUUCUUUUGCGUCUAUUAAUUCUUGAUGUCUUUGACUCGAUCCUCGUUCUCUGUGCUGUAGAAGUUCUUCUAAAGACAUAUUUCUAAGAUAUAAAAUAUUUGAUAAUAAUAAUGAUCCAGUUUUAGUUUUCAAUAGACUCAAUAUUUCGUCUUUAACCUUUGGUAUACUGUCCGAUUUAAAUUUAAAAUCAUUAUUUUUAUAAUUUGACUGUUCUUUCAUAAUUUUUGUUAAUGCUUCAUCGUUAAAUCGAUAAUCAUCUGUAUUAUUCACCAAUUCUUUUGCGGGUAUAUCUUCAGCCGAUUGAAAUCUAAAAUCGUUUUUUUUAUGAUUUGACUGUUCUUUAACAAUUUUUGUUAAUGCUUCAUCGUUAAAUCGAUAAUCAUCUGUAUUAUUCACCAAUUCUUUUGCGGGUACAUCUUCAGCCGAUUUAAAUCUAAAAUCGUUUUUUUUAUGAUUUGACUGUUCUUUAACAAUUUUUGUUAAUGCUUCAUCAUUAAAUCGAUAAUCAUAUGUAUUAUUCACCAAUUCUUUUGCGGGUACAUCUUCAGCCGAUUUAAACUUGAAAUCGUUAUUUUUAUGAUUCGUCUGUUCUUUUAUAAUUUUCGUCAGUGUUUCAUCGUUAAAUCGAAAAUCUUUGGUAUUAUUUGUAGACUUUUUUGCGAGGGCAUCUUCAGUUGAUUUAAUAAAACCCGGAGGAAGUAAUGAUAAAGGUAAUUCUUCUUGUAUUACAAUCAUUUUUGGUUUAGAGUUAUUUGAUUCUGUUGUAUUUUUUGGUUUUAUACGACGUCUUAUUACUGCAGAAGUUGGCGGUAAAUUACUAUUUAUUGGUCGUUUAUGUAAUACUAUCAUGUCAGCACGUGAAGAAUUUGAUUUUUUUGUCGAUCCGACGUCUCUGUGGUUAAUAUUAUUAUUUUCUUCUAAAAAUGUUUGUGUUGAAAAUGUUAUGACGGCAUUCGUCUUAGGAGUGGUGGUAGUGGGUGAAGGAGUUGUAACCGAAGUACUUUUUGGUGUAAUUCUUAUUGUUGAAACAGUAUUUGUGGUUUCUGUCGUUGUUGGUUUAACUGGUUUCCAUUUUGUUUCCUCUGUUGUGGUUAUUGGCUCCCAUUGUUUAACGUCUUCGUUUCUCGUUUUAUUUAGAUAAUAACCAGCCGGUCUGCGAAUAAGUUUUCGCCGUGGUAAAAUAUUAUCGUCUUCUGAACUACCGUUAAUUAUAGGUCUCCUAUACAUUGGUCGCCUUCUUCUUUUCAUUGGACGUCUUCUAACAUAUCCUUCCGAAUAAUCUGGUUCUUGUGGUUCCUGAUAUCGUACCGGUUGAUUUAUAUCUCCAUCGUACGUGUACGUCGACGUUCUUGGACGUUUGCGUCGACGACGUCUUUUACGUCGUGGUCUUCUUAUCGGAACUUCAGAAUCAAUUUCCGAAGGUUUGUCUGUCGGAAAUGGCACUUGACUUUCAACUAUAUCUGACGAAGCUUCGUCAAUAAUUUCUUCGAGCUCAUCAAACUCAUCGCUAUUGGUGUUAGUAGUUUGUUCAAUGUCAAGCGCUGGACUCUAAAAGGAAAACAAAUUAUAUAUUAAAAUUAUUAUUUUAAAUCUCUUAUCAUUAUUAGUAGAGUAUAAAAUACGUACAUUAGGUUGUUCUUGAGCAGAAGAGUUUGAUGAGUGCAGAUAAACGACUAAAUCGUCGUCAUUUCCAAUAGCGUAAGUGGUUGUGAUUAGAUGAAAUAUAAAAGUGCAGUUAAGAAGAAUCCACAUAACAUUCUUCAUUUUUCUAAAAAGCAUAAAAUAAAAAAAAUAAUGAUAAUAAUGCAUUCUUGCGAUUUUACAAAAUGUAAUAUUAACUGCUGAGAGUAAUUUGUUUUAGUUUGAAGUUAAAAUUUGAAUAAUAUUAAAUUUAUUAUUGCAUUGUUAAAUAAUAUCAAAUUAUAUAGUCAUCGAAUUACUACUAUUAUUCUAAAUGUAGGAAUAAUGCGUACAAGAUUAAUUGAGCAACGAUCAAUAUACAGUACGGUUACAGUGUUAUUAUUUAAUGGUUUUUAAAUUAAAUUGGAAUACGCCCCAGUGGCUUUACGUCAAAGUAACUUGCAAAAAUGAUUGAUGACCAGUUGAAUAAUAAUCUCGAACUUGAAAUAAUACUUUCUCUGUCUAAACCGUGUGCAUUCGAAAACCAAAUAAAGCGAAACUCAUCUAUUUAUCUAUCUAGCUAUAGUUAGCUAGGUACUCAGCGUUAGUUCAUUGUCAUCGUGUGUUUACCACGCGAGACAUUUUUAAUGUUCAUGGUACACUGGAUUUUGUCGUAUUGAAAUAGUAAUAAUAAUAAUUCUAGAAAAAAAUAAAUAAAAAUAAGUAUUUGAAAAAAAAAACUUGUGCGGUUUUUUCAUAAUCAUUGUAGGUGUUAGCGCUGCUAGCCAACUACGUCUCACGGGAAUAGUAAUGUGCCACUGAUUUUAUUAAAUGGACUUCUAGUUAUUUCACAAUUACCAUUUUAUUUAUCAUCAUAUAAUAAAUAUGAUAUAACAGAAGUGAAACUAAUCUCUGUGUGUCCAUCUUAAAUAUCUAUCAAAAUAGUUACAUGGUACCUAUAGUUGUGAUAUUUGUCGUGUCUGUUUAGUUUUCACGGUGGAUUAGAACGGAUUGAAAAUAGAAGAAAUGUUCAUUAUCUUCAUAAGAUGUAUAAAAUGUUAUCUGGAUCAUUGUAUGUUUUUCUUUUUUCAUUUGUCAGUAUUGAAAAUUUUAACGAUUUAUAAUUUCACUUGACAAUUGACAUUCUAAACAAUAAUAAUUGUUAUAAUUCUUUUAUAAUCUUUUAUCAGGUUUUUUUUUUUUUCUGUGCAGACAAAAUAUUUAUGUAACGAUUUAUUCAUCUUAAUACGUAUAAAUGUAUUACUAUCUCGUUUUAAAAACAACAGUUCUUCUAAAAUUUAUUUUUCGAUUUAUUAUAUAAUUUUUACCAUACCUACUUUAGUUUUGUAUUUUGUAUUAAAAUUAUAACUAUUUAAUUUAUUGGGAGAAAAUACGAGUAAAUAUAUUAUAGAUUAUAAUCUAUGAAGCUUAGAGAUUUGGAAAAUUAAUUUUAUUCAUUCAAAAUGUAUUUACAUUUUUGAAUUUCGAAGAAAAACUCAGUACUUUUUAUUUAUCGGUUGGAGUUUUGUGAAAACAAUAAAAAUUGUGUUUUCGACAAUGAAUCUCUAAUUAUAAAAAUAAUUUCAAAUAGAUAAUAUGAAAAUUCAUAUAUUUUGUUUUAGUGAAUCAUAAUGAAGAAGUAUUACUUAAGCUAUAUACUGUUAACUCUAAUGUUUUAGAUUAAAAAUACCAGUCUAGGGAAAAUAUUUAAUUAAUAAAUAAUUUCCUCGUUGGAGGAAUUAUAGUAGAAGAAUGUUGUUCGUGGAAGUAGGAAAUAAUACAAGACAUCAUAGCCUGGCAUAAGAGUGGGAAAUGGAAUGAUAGUAAUUUGAAGAAGUUAAUUUUCAAAAUCUUACAAAUCGAGAAAAAACGUAUAAGUAAAAAUAAUUUUAAUUACAAGGUCUACUUAAAAUCAUUGAUAUAUUUCCGUUAUUGCCGAUUAAAUAUUGAAACCUCGAAAAGAGUCAAAAUAUUUGUAAACAUUUUACAACGUAUAUACUAGAAAGAUCUCAUAAGUAUUCGGUAUUAGGGUCUCUCUGAUUAUUUUUUUCUGGUCAACAAAACAACAAUUUUGACAAAAACUAACGUUGUAUAAAUAUUUCGAGUUUUACCCAUUAUUAGGAAAAGUACAACAAAUUUCAAAAAAUGUACGCCUUGAUGGACCAAUCAGAUCAGAGAUUCUACAAACACAUAUCUAGUUUUAUUAGUUUAUUAAUACUAUAUUAGUUUUAUUAUAAGCGAGUUUUCUGAUAAAAAGCUAUAGUUUGCAGACAUAAAAAAUGCAUUAAAAUGCAAGUAGCAGUUUUGUCAAAUAAUCCAAAAUAUUGUUGUUUCAAAGAUUUUCUAAUGUUUUUUUCGUAAAUAAUAUAAUAUAAUACACUUAGAUUAAUGAUAUAGAUUAAACAUUUUGCAUGCAGAUAAGAGUUUUCACUAUUGAAGUGUGCCUUGACACUUGCAAUCUGUUACAUAAUAGACUGCACUUAUAACUCGUGAAUGUUACGGUCGAAAUAAAAUCAAAACAAUUUAAAAAUGAACAAAAAAACUCUAGAUCACACGUGAUAGGGAGAUAAUCCAGUUAAAAAUUAAAAUACAAUGGAUACUAAAAACAGUACACAUACAGAAAGAGAAAGUAAUUCAGACUGUAGGGUAUUUACUAUUUAGUAUAGGUACGUAUUAUUAUAGAGUCGGAUAUAUAAAUGAAUUCAACACUCACCAGGAAAUAGUCUCGUUGUUAUAAUUGUGAUUAAACGGAGCCUAUUGUUUUGUACUUAGUGUUUUUUGCUAUCGUUAACAAAAACAUACUCCUUUUCGUAUACAAAUGUGUAUUAAAAAAAAAAAAAAAAAAUUAUCGGCUAUUAAGUAAUAAUUCCUAUAUGACCACAUGCGUUACAUAUAAUAUGUAUAACUCGUACGUUACAAUGCGGUUGACACCUAGUAAUAUUGUUUGGCGAAACGGUUAAAUAUUAUGUAGAAAUAUAAAACGAACUAUUGGCACUAAACGCGUAUCAAUAAUAUGUCAAGCAAAAACAUCCUGUAGAAAGCAUUCCGUUUGUUAUGUGUCUCAUAUCUUUGACACGAUCGAAUUCGGCAAACCCAACUAUUAUUAAUUUUACAUACAUAUUAUUAUUAUAUUUUGGGGCCCUAUGUCGGUUUUCGAAUUUUCUACAAUUUUGUAAAAUUUUAAAAUGUGUAUUGGUCACUUGAAAUAUAAGACUUCCAUUGAUCUAUUACUUUAAGGAUAGGGGUACGGUUUUUUUUUAACAUAAUUUUUUAUUCCUCCUAUUUAUUUUUUCACGAUUUUUUUUAAAUUGAUAAACAAUAUUCUACAGAUCGCUUUAACUCCGAUUUUUCAUUUGUUUUCAAAUAAUGGUAUUAAACAAUUAAAAAUUGACUUUUUUAAAAUGCGUAUUAUAAACAUACGAGUAGUAUGAAAUGAAAAUUCGGUCUGUAAAAAGUAUUUAACUUGUCAACCAAAAAUAAUCAUUGAAAUUGAACCACUCGUGAGAGUUUUUGUAAAACAUAUUUUUGAAUCAAAAGACUCACUGGCACCUGGACCCAUAACUAAAAAUAAAAAAUCAAAAUAUUUUUGUCCAAUAAAAUACAUUCUUACUAUUUAAUAUAUAUAAUAUAGGAAAAUUUUAAUAUAUAUAUAAUAUAUAGUAAGUAUAGUAAUUCUGUAAUGAAUUUGUCCAAUUCAGGGAAAAAAUGACUAAUAAAUCUCCCAGAAAAAUUAAAAAGAUACAAAUUUUUUCAUUAUUUAAAAUUAUUAAAGUGAUAUAUCUGUUAAGUGAAUGCACAAACAACUUGAUAUAACAAAAUAUUUGUAGUAAAUAAUAUCAUUGAUUAUAAUAUACUAGUAUUUAUAAUCAAUGAUAAUAUAUUAAUUUCCAUUGCUGUUACCAUAAUCGGGCGGCGUGUUUAGAGUCAAGUCAAAUUUUUAAGAGUACCAGGUGCCAGUAAGUUCUUGAAAUAGACAGUAUUUUUGAAGUCUAAUCCAUGAAUAUGCAACUCACUGGGCCAUUUUACGAAAUGAGCCAAAAAUUGCUAAUUUCAUACACUGGACAAAUUCAUCUACGGGUGUAUAUAAUUACACCUAUUCAUAGUUAUAUUUCGAUUCUAUAACAAAUUAAUAACAACAUUUUUUUAACGUUUGAAAAAUUAAAUAAUUUCCCUAUAAUCGUUUAAAAACAUUCAAUUGGACGGUAUACAAAUCGUGUUUAAUACGCACAGUAUAAUAUAUUAAUAUAUUUUAUAUAUAAAUAAUAUAUAAUAUUAUAUAGAUAUCUUAAUUUUGAACAAUGAUAAUUCUGAUGACUGCCAGCCUGAGAAAGUUUGAUUUUACAUUCGACAAUUUUGUAUGCUAUGAUUGAUUUCGGUCGUAAGUUUGAAAAAUGUUCGCAAAUUUUUUUUUUUUUUUUUUUUACUUUUUUCGCUUACAAUAGAUACCGUAACGUAACGGUAAUAAUUUAUCUAGGCGAUACGAUUUAUAAUAUGGUUCGAGUGUUAAGAAAUUAUAACUCGUCAUAUUUUGAGAACAACUACGCCGCCGGUAGAUACAGUUUAAUCGUAAAUAUUUCAUACCUGCCGCAGAGAAAGCAAGAGUCGUCUGGUCCGUUUCAUUAAACUUAAUACAACAGAGUCACGUUAACGAAACAAGAUCCGGCGGUAAGAACCGGAUCCUAUAACAACUGGAUUACCCAUUUACGUAGUAUUAUUCGUUGCAUUAAAAAUUUAAAACCACUUUCCUGUAUUUAUUUACGAGACAUCAUCUUCCAAACAGUUUAACCCGCGGAUAUUUUCCGAUUGAAUACCUGCUGCAAUCGAGUUAAAUAUAAAUGUAUAAAAUAUAUAUGUAUUUUUAAAACUAAGAAAUACUGAAAUGACAUAUUGUGUUUUAACGUUAAAAACGAUUCAUUAUGAACUGUCAAAGUGUUCGUAAACAAAUUAAUCCAGCCAUAUUAUUUAUAGAAAAACUAACUUCGUCCGAUCAUGUUUUUAUCCAACAUCUAUUUUCUAUAUGCUCGUAUAGAAAAUACUGUAAAAAACGUCUUUUGUCCAUUAAUAUGCUAGGCGAUCCGUUUAUCACAAUCCAACGAUUUUCUCAAAGGAUUUUAAGUAUUAAUUCGAUUUCUGUUUUUUUUUUCAACCAUGCAUUAUAAUAUGUAUAUAAUAGUUGUUUAAGCUUUAUUUUUAAAUUUUUAACUGUACUCUAUACCUCAAACACGUGAAUAUUGACUUUUAAUUUUCAAAUAGUAUCAACUACUCUUUUUAAACCAGAUUGAAAAAGGUAAUACCUUUAUACAAAUGUCUAUAACACUUUAUAAUGUUAAUAUUAGUAAUAGGUAUCGUUUAUAAGUUAGAUUAGAAUUAAGACCGGAGUAGCUAGAAGGGUAAUCCCAGCAUAAACCCAACCGUGAAAAAAAGGCCAAGUCGCACAGUUCCUACUAAUAAAAUUAGUUUAUUAAAGUAGUGAUAUUUAUAUUGAGAUCAAGUCUGUCCUUUUUUUAGUCGAUAACUUCACUUCUACUUUCGUGAACAACAGUGUUCUUCCUUUUUUUAUUGUUUUCCGAAUGAGACAUAAAACAGACUUGACUACAAUGUUGAUAUCACUAGAUACUUUGAUAGAUUGACUUUUUUUUGUGAAGUGGACUUGGCCCUUUUCAUGGUUAGGUAUUUGUUGGGGACAUCAUUCCAUUUUUGCUAGCAGGUACAUUUAAAUAAUUUCGAAUUUUUUGUAGGUCAUUUUUAUAAGAUGUUUGUUUCGAUGGCAUGCGUCGCGACAAUCUAUGAUUUAUUAAUAAAACCCGUUUUAAUCAAACAAUUUAACUCUGGCAAAUCGUAAUAUACGAUAUAAUAAUUUAAAAAUCUAAAUUUAAUUUGAACGUAAAACGGUUUAAUGAAAGUUAUUUUUUUUUCAAAUCGAUGGUCAUGUGAUGUUAUGGGCAUCACUUCACGUAUUAUGAAUUAACUUUCCAGUCAAUAUAGCAAUUACUUAAAACCACAUAGGUAGGUUUACUUAAUUUUUAACCAUAUGGAAAGUGUACAGAUUAUUAUAUUUUUUAUUUUUGUUUACUUACCUAGUUCCUUGCAAACAUAAUAUAAAAAAUAAUAUUUUAUUCAAAAAAUAAAAUAACGACACGACGAAUAUAUCUAAUCACACGAUCGGAGAAGUAUAAUAAUAUAAUAACCUAAUGUCUGCUCACGUGUAUUUUUCCUUUCUUUUUCUUAUUUUUUUCUCCUUCGUUUUAGUAUAAUAUGGUUGAAUUAUUAUAACUUUAGGUGGUUUAGGCAUACGUAUAUUAUCAUCGAUAUACAUAACUAGGUAGCUAUAUUAUAGUAUUCGGGAGAGAAAGUCAACUAAUGACAUCUUGAAAAUGUCAAUUUUACACUUAUCUAAUGAUGAUUCUUACUUGUGGUAUUCGGAAGCGAGCCCGGGUGAUUUAUUAUUAUUAUGAUUGUUAGAUAGGUACAUCAUCCGAACUUGUCAUCGAUGGCAACCGCAAUGAUAUUAUGCAAUCGUAUUUUUACUAUAAAGAUGAAGCGUGCGAUUAAUAUUGAUAAUAUAAACUAUAUUAUAAUUAGUUAACGAACAUAGAUAACUAUCUAUGUUCUCUGCUUUGUUAUCAGCUUAGUAAACUCCUUGAAUCUCGUAAAAAUAACAUCGCCUUUCUAAAUUUCGCCUUAUAUAGGUAAAUACAUCGUCGUGUGAUAUUUCAAACGAACGAAUUUUUUUUUGUAUCUAGUGGUCAAAUAAUUUUAAUUGAAUUCCAGAAGGUUUUUCAAUAAUGUGUUGAGAAACUAUAAAUACGAGUAUUAUUAUAGGUAUCAUACUGUUUUGCACCAGAAAAUAACAGGGCAUAGGUCGUGCUGCUUACUUCAUGCGGCGUGUCAGAACUCGCUCUCUUUUUUUCGGUUAUUAAUUUUUGUUUUAGUCAAACCGUUAUAUUAUUAUUAUAAUUAUUAUUACCGCCCUUGGUGUUUGUAUUAUUGUCGUAACAAAAACGCACGUGUAUUCAAAUUUACCUACAUAAUUUAGAUUGAAAACAAACUGAUUGCUAUCAAAAAUAUAAAAAUAAAUAAGUAUGUAUCCAAUGCCUAUUAAAAGAAAUAACACUAUAAAAUCGUAAUUAUUAUUAUUUUCAUCAAUUGAAUACUUCGAAUAAAGAUUAAAAAAAAAAAAAAAUCAAUAACAAAAUCCUACAAAUAUAAAAUCAACCAGAAUUUGCUAAAAAUGAAAAAUAGAUACGCAUCGGGUAUUACACGAUAUUAUUAAUUGCAUACAGUUAUUAUCAAUAAUAUCUAAAUAAUAUUUCUAGAUACCUAUUGUGUUUAGUGUUUACAAUAUUUUUAAAAAUUCAACCCCAUCUCUCUACCAGCUCUCUCAGCCAAGCCCCCUCAAAUCAAAUCCUUGUGGGGAUAUUAUAAUUUUUAAUAUUAUGAGGGUUUAAGCUUCCACCACUCACCUUCCCAAAUUGUAUAUAUUAUUCCCCGCCUAUGGGUUCGGUCGUAUCAUCCGCUUAUGUUUUCAUUAUUUAUUUUCUAAUAAUGUAUUUUUAUGAUGUAUUUUAAUGUAUCGGCUUAAUUAUGUAUGCAAAUUAUAAUCGAAGCAAAUGUUUUUAAUUUUGAUUCACAAUUAUUUGAAUUAUCAAUCUAUCCAUUUGAUAUAUUUUAUACAGAGGUGCUCGCAAUGUUCGGGGAACAACGAAAGACCGAUAACUUGGAUACAAUUUUUUUUUUUUUUAAAACAAUAAUAAGUACAAUUUUGGACUUCCCCCCAUUUCUGUGGGCUUUCUAGAUUUUAUAAAAAUUUGAAAUUAAAUAUAUGUAUAUAAUUGUGUAGUUUUAUUGAGUUUCACUGAUUUCCAAUAAAAAGUUUCAAGUGUAUUUAUAUUCGCAUUAAAAAUUAUCAACUUUACACGACUAAGGUUCAUCGAUUAAUAUACAGGUACUUGUUUAUAUAUACUUAUAGGUACUUGAUAUUAUAAUCAGUUCGAAUAUGUUAUUAAGAAUGUCGUUUAAUGAGUUAUGCGUUUUAAAAUAAGUGCUUGUAAAUUGAAUAUUAAAAAAACGUACCUAUUUUCGGAUUAUAAAAUUAAAAAACUUGAAAACUAACGUAUACUUUUUAAUUCAGAAGAAUCAUAAUUUAUGUUCAAUUUUACAUUUCAUGUAUUAUUGCGUUAUAUUAAGUACAUCUGCAUAAAAAAAAACUUUCUUUGUGAACGUAUAGGUUUGAGUCGUACAUCUUUUUCCUACUAAUAAAGUUGUUAUUUGUUAACACUGCGAGAUUGGUCGAACUGCACGUUACACAUCCGGUACAGUCUCUUAAACCGUGACUUAGAUUUAAGAACGUAUAAUAAUAUGUUUUUUUUCCCAUUUCAUCUCGGUAGUAUGGGUACUAUAUCUGUUUUUACAGUACAAUUACUUUUCUAGUACCUACGUGAUUUGCAUUUGUUUUUCGUUUUAUUAUUAUCGUACCUUGCGAUUAAAACCAUUCACUUAAAUCCAAUCAAUCUUGACGUAUGUGUGCAGUGUGUAAUUAUUAUUAUCGACAUUUAUUGUAAUCAAACUAAAAAUACAAAAUUUCCGUAUUCCAUAUAUUAUAUCAUUGUACAAUCUACCUGUAUUAAUCUCUCGUAUUUCCACUCUUUAUAUCACACUAUCUAUAUAUUAUUUGCUAUUUUUUCGAUGGUUAGACACAUAUUUUCGAUGAUAUAAUGGGGAACUGGCAAAAAUCUGUGUUAUGUGUAGUGGAACUAUAGUACCAGUGACAAACUUCGUUACAAGGACAAAGUAGACUAUUUGGGCAGCAAUGAAACGGAAACUCUGAAGAAGAAGACCAAUAAGGAAGACUCAGAAAAAGAUGGAUUGACAUAGUAGAAGAUUUAAAUAGUUUCGGGCUUAUAAACUGGACAUAAGUUCAUAUAGUUCAAGAUAUGGUUAUGGUAGGUAUGUAUAGGUGUGUUGCCUGUAGAGAAAGACGAAGAAAUUAAGAAGAGAUAUAAUAUCUAUAUCUAAAUAUUAUCGUAAAGUGAACACGGAGACUACAAAAAAAAAAAAAGUUUUUUGAGUCGCUACCUAGAGCGUAACAAUGAAGUGAAUAAUAUUUGAAUAUUUUUAUACUCUGUUCUAUAUUUUUCAGUUUUGUAUAGUGUAUACCUACGGUGAAACGAUGACCGCGUACAUCUUAUUUCUUAUUAUUAUAUGCUAUAAGUAAAAAAAAAAUUAUGCAAUUCUUUUGACACUAUAAAUAUGCGUGUAAGUAUCUAAUUACUUUCGUGACAUUGUUCACGAUGUACCUAUACAUGCAGGUAACAACGAACCGUUGUGUCCACGAAAUAGUAAUACAUAGCAGGUUUAUAAUAUGCACAGUUAUUAUUAUUAUAUUUUCUAAACCGUGCGAAUUCAUAACGAACACGUAAUUUCAGCCGUUCGCGUGUCUAUAAUAUUAUAAAUGUUAUUUAUUACGAGUACGAGUACCUAUCUUGCACCGAGUUAUUGCUUAACAAACCUACCAUCACACACACACACCUAUAUUUAGCGAAUUAUAAAACAAUAAAAAAAAAAUUGUAUGUGAAGAUUUGUUUUUGUUUUUUAUUAAAAAGUAAUACGCAUAUGUGGUUGUUUUCCUAUUAAAGGACUGUAUAAUGUUGGAUUUUUCUGUAUAUUAUAUGAGUAUAUAAAUGCACUUGCGCUUUCACCCGCGCCCAGGUUUCCUUGAGAAAUUUCGCGGGUAAUAUACGUGCGUUUGUAUAAUAUUUGUAUUUUAAUUCAAUUUCCGAAUCCCAUCAAAAUUAAACGUCGGUCGCUUCGUCGUUGUAAUAAUUAUUAUCAUUAUAAUAAGAGACGAACUCGGAAAUCAGAAAACUGCGUUUAUAUUAUACUCAGGCAUCAUAAGCCGCAAAUAACGGAUGCCACGGGUUACGUGCGUUUCUUCCACGUGGGAAAGUGGCCACGAAAUUUGUAAACAAAUAAAAACACCGCACUUGGGGAAUCAGACAAACAGUGGUCAUUCCUCGAGAUUGUUACAAUUGUUAAAAAAUUAACGGUACUUAAACAUAAUUCCGGCUUGUUGGCACCCUAACGGUGUUUGCAAUAAUCCAAUUUUUAUUUCACUUUACCCUCGUGGAAUACACAAUAUCGAUGACUGAAGAUUUUCGGAAGAAUUUGACUUUUUCGAAACCAGAAUAAUUUUUUCAGUAAACCGUUUCAAAAACGUUUCAUGCUGCAGAUCAUUAUGGCUCUUCAAAAUGUGUAAUUGUUGUAGAUAAUAAUUGGUCUAUAUAAUAUCAUUAUAAUUAUAUAUCAUAUUACAGUUAUUACAAAUUUUAAAUUCUAGAAAGUAUAAUAUAUAGUUUUUUAGACCUCUAGCUUCUGCAUAUUACCCGAUGUCGUAUAUAUGCUAUUAAUUUAACAGUUGGUAUUAUUUUCUUUAAAUCUAAUGUAAAUUUAUCGAGAAUUGCAUUAACAACUCGGGCGUUUACCUAGUUUCUUUGUAUCGUUUUUAGUGACUGUUUUUAAUUAUAUUGAUUUCUAAUUGUUUAGUACAAAUGUUAGUAUUUAUGAUCUUCAUCUUUGUGGUACAAAAUCCACCUAUAUCUGAUGCUCGUCUUUCCAAUCUAAUCCUCUUCCUAGUUUUUCCACAUCAUUCUUGAUUACGUUUCCUCACCUAAUUAUCGGUAUUCCUAUAUGGAAGUCUCCCCUGUCGGAUUCCUUUUCAACACUGUACGAAGCAAUAGGUUUUGGCUAUCCAGGUCCAGCCCAUUGUAAUCUAUUGCUUCUGUUGGCUUCUACGAAGUUCGGUUUCUGACAAAGUGAUUCUAGUUCCUUGUUUUUUUUUGAAAUUUGGUCUCAGUAUCCUUUACAGCUCCAACAAUUACUUUUAUUUCAAACAUGAAAAGUUUACUAGUUUUUUUUUAGUAGAUUAUAUAAACGAAAAAUCUAUUGUGGUCCAUAUAAUAAUAAUUUUAACAUAAUCACCGGGGACUCAUUAAAUAUAUUUUAAAUUAGAAAUCAAUUCGCGUUUAUACGCGCUGCAAUUAGUAAUUUAUUUUAGUAUUAUAUUACCUAUAUCUAUACUGCAGACGCAAUUGUCUAUUAUUAUAUUUUAUUAUGCAAAUUUUAAAUGAUUUAAAAAUAUUUAACUGGAAAUCUUUCAAAAGUAACGUUAUUAUUGUUUUAAUUCUUAGAAAGUAGGUUUACUUAUAAGUCAUUUUGUAUUCAUCAACACAGGCUGCAGUUUUGUUUUGUUUAAUAAUUUAAUUGUAUCUCAUUAUAAUAAUUAAUUAGGUAGUUUUAAUAUGUAGUUAAUAAAAUAUUUAAUAUUUUUACUUUCAUUAACUGGCACUCACAUAAGAAAGUUUAAUAGCGGGUUAUACGUGGUUUUUUAUUUUUGUAUAAUUAUGUUUUAUGUAAAAUGCCUUUUUCACUUGAAAACGGCUGAUAUUAAUAAUGAUACGGCUUUGAAAGUCGAGAUAUUUCUAUUCUCGUGGUAUAUAAUAUAUUUGAGUGAAUGUUUUUUUAACACAGUUUUGUAUCGUUUGUAUACAAUUACUGUACUUUUAUCAUACAUUUAAAACUAAGAUCUUAUAACAUUAUGUCUCAUUUAGUCGUAUAAAUUGGACACAAUUUUAGUAAUAUUCAUAAAAUUAUUUUCUUUUAUCCUAUAAUCUAUACAUACUACAUAUAAAAACAUUUUAUGUUCUCUUUUUUGCAAUUUCAAUUGUGAUAAAUGCAUAUGCAUAACUGUGAUUAACAUUCCGCUGUACAUGUCCUUGUUUAUAUCAAAUUACAACUAAAAAAACUGUAGACGAAUGCAGUUUUUCAGUUUAUUUUACUCGCUACUCUUUUAAAUAUUAAUAUUAUCAAUGACCUAUCGUUGUACAAAUAUUGACCGUUAUAUUUGAUUUUAAUUUAGUUUUUAUAACUUUCAUUUGAAAGAGUUACUGCGGAUAUUUUCCAUAAUUAGUUCGAACUGACGCGAUGAAAGCAACUCUAUAAAUUGUCGCGUCGUAGUGAUUUUAUGUGUUUGAUGCGCACGUUUGAAAGUAGCAUACCAUUUUAUAGUUUUUAGGAUUGAUUUAAGUAGGAUACAUUAUUUUUUUUUUAUACGAGGUAUUUAACACCGAUAUUAAACCGGAUUUGAAAGAGAAAUAAUAUAAUAAGUAAUAGGUAAUAAUAAUAAUCGUAGUAUUAUAAUAGUAAAUAUAAAUGUCAAUAAUAUAAUUUGUAUUAUUAUUUUUCUUUUUAAUAAUUAAACAUUCUAAUAUUUUAGUUUUCACAAUUAGCACAAGUGAUUUUGGUUUAAGUAAAAUAAAUUAAAUUAGAUGAACUUUAUUUUAGAGACAGAAGGCUUGGGAGAAGUAGUCAUCUAUUGAUAAUAAUAAGUACAUUUUUUUAUUAAUUUAUUAGCGUAUAUAUUCGGUACGAGGAAAAAAGUGUACAACAAUGUUUCGCUUGAUUCAGGUACUUUAACACGCGUAAUAUAUUAUAAUAUCGAGUACUAUAAUGUAUUAUAUAGUCUUACGAGCAACACGAUUUAUAUACAAUAAUUUACGUCAAAAUACGAAAUUUCCCGUUUAUUAACGCUGUAUUGCUGUCGAUUUUAUAUCGUAUGUAUUUACGAAUGUAUGUAUGUUUGUAUGUAUGUAUUUAUGCAUGCAUGUAUACGUGUAUACGUAUGCAUAUGUAUGUAAUAUGUAUGCAUGUAUAAUGUAUAUGUAUUUAUAACUUUACUGGCGGUCGCUGCGUUUAAUAAUAACCGUGACAAAUCGUUUUAUAAUAUGUAAUUUGCGACGAUUAAAUUUGAUGGGGAAUAUUACCGAUUUUAUACAAUACAAUAAAAUGUUUAUUAUUAUUUUCAAAAAAUUAUUAGAAAAACCAUGCCUAUGACUACCAUCAUCGUGUAUAUAGGAGGCACCUAUACCUAACGUCAGUUUGUAUUUGGUACACUACUUCUUGCAAUCGGUUUUACGUCCACCGAGAACGAUAGUUUGGUACUUAUUACUAUUAUACGCUCUAGUGACGCCCAAGUAUUUGAAAUGAUAUAUAAAACAUUAUUAUUUUAUAUACACCUAUAUACCUAUAAUAUGUAUGUUUAUAGGUGCCCAUGUGUUAGAUAGUUAGAAAGCAAACCAAACUGUAUCACAGUGCAUGUAUAUCUCCGAUUCGUAAAUAAUACAUUAUUGCGGUUAUUUUUAUUUGCAACGCAAUCGCGUUAUUUGAGAGAUAUAACACUCUUAUAAUAAUAUAUUUCCAUCAAUUAUCAUGUAUAAUUAUAAUAAUACGUUUAAUAUAUUUUGUUUGUUAAUUUAAAAACGUCUGAAGUCAAAAACAAUCGCGUUGUUUUUUUGAAAUCUUUAUUAUAGUAAAAUGCAUGCGAUAAUCUAAAUUAAUUUUGUUAUUUAACUAGAAUUGUCGUUGCAAGUUGACGAAUUUCCCCUUGAUUAGCAUUCGACAUAUAUAAAAAUAAUUAACAUGCGACGGACGACGAAAGAAUACAUAUAUUAUGAAUCCAGAUUCAACCGAUCUAACGGGUCGCCCAAAAUGUUACCGCGUAAAAAACGACGUAACACUAUAUAUAGCCGCCUUGCAAUUUUCGGACGUAUUCUCUGUGACAUUAUACUUAUAUGAUAUUUAUGUGUAACAAAUGAUCCCAAAGUAUUUGUUUUUCAGGGGUUUUACUAUCGAUUUCGGUAUAACAAUUUGAAAGUUAUAAUGAAAGAGAACAGCAAAACUUAUUUUAUGCAUUACACGUCUGUAUUUAAAUUCGUUUAUAUAUAAUUGCGGAUUUUGAUUAUUUCGAAAACUUAACGAUCUGAAAUCGUCUAACUCAAUAAAAAAAAAAUAAUAAUAAUGAUAAUUUUUCAUCUCGCGACGCGCAUAAAUAAAUUGUAUUACGAAUUAAGAACAUAAAAUAAUAAAACAAAUGACGAUAUUAUUUUCACUGCAACGGGAAUUUCAAAUAAAAUUUAAAUGCUUAUAGAAAGUAAAUCGUUCGGUUUUCUAUACUUAAAGUAGUAUUAUGCGUAUUUAUAGUCGGUUAAUAACAUUCGAAUCUUAACGAAAUCGUCUCUUGGAAAUGAAACAAAACACAAAACAAAAAAAAAAAUGACGUUAAUUAUGUUUUGAGUUUUGAUUAAUCACAUAACGCGGAACUCUUUUAACGCUGUUAAUAGGUUGUUCCGCCAACCGCGUCCAAUACAUCAAAAUAUACACACUUCCUCAUUUUUUCAACUAUAUACCUAAUAGUUCCAGAAUCAAGUUUAAAUAUAAACAAUUUCGUUAAAUUAAAACCAAAAUUAUACGUAUAUAUCUAUAAGAUAUCUUCAUAUUUUGUAUUAUUAUUAUCAUUAUUACCGUUGCUUAAUUUGCGUGUUAAGUUUUUCUGUUAUAAACUGCAAUAAUAUAUUAUAAUAUAAUAUUAUCAUAGACAAUAUUGAAAUGUUAUGUUUUAUACCUCCUUGAAUUUAAUAAAAAAACACCUGUAUAUAUUUCGCACCUCGGGUAGGCCACUGUUGUAGAUGAAUAGUUUGAAAGAUGCAAUAUAAGAUAUAAGUAAUAUAUAGUACAAGUAUAAGAUAUAAUAAUUGGAGGGUAAUUUAGUUUAUAUACCUACUGUAUGCACCGAUAACUCCAUAUAAACGAAAAACUAUUGUAGAGUGAAAUAGAGAGUCGUGUUUUCCCUUGUUGCUAAGGUAACAAGAAAAGAAAUUUAAAAAAAAAAACCGUGAAAAGGGCUAGUGAGUAAAUGCUUUUUAGCAUUUACUAAAUUUUAGCAUACCUAAAAAAUAUCACAGUCCGUAAAUUUCGCAUUUUUCAUAGGGUAAGUACCCGCUGUGAAAAAUCUAAGCAUUUUUACUAACCGUAAAUAAUCGCACCUUUUUAAUACUUCUUAUUAUACUCCGUAUCUAAAAUUCCAAUUUAAUUUGUUACCUAUUUUUCUUUGUACAGCUCUUAAACAUACCUAUUAAUUAUUUUACAUUUUCCAUACGUCUUUGAGUCCAUCACGAGGUUAUAAUAUAAGAAAUCCGUAUAAUUUUUUUUCUUUACAUAAUUAUCGUGUACUAUAUAAUACAAGUAUCCAUAAAUUUAUUAAUAAUUAAUUUGUAUGAAAGUAUGACAUACUAUUGUAAAUUAAAUGUGAAAAACGUACCUUCCUACAACAUUUAAAACCUUCAAAGGAUAAAAAUAUUAAUAUGUUUUAUCAAAAUUAUUUUAUUAUUUUAUUUAUUUAUUUAUUUAUUAUUUUAUUAUUUUAUUCGCACAUUGAUAUGUAAAAAGGGCAGGGGAAUUUACACAUAUUUAUUUGCAUGAUUUGAUUUAGAAAAGAUAGCACGAAUUUUAUUCAUUGUUAUCAAAAUUAUAUUAACUGAUUACCGAUAAAUUAAUUAGCUCCUUUUAUUCUCGAUUUGAUAUAAAUAUAUUUGAUUACAAGGUUAUACUACCAUUAUUCUUAUUUAAUUUUAGUUUCUUAUAGUUUUACUUUGAAUUUUUUCUUUCUUUUUUUUUUUAUUUUCCUCCUAUAGUAUUCUUACGCGUAUAUAUCUUAGGGCAUCUAAUGAAAUACCUUUUUUCCAAACUUGGACGUUUAUGUUCAAAUCAUGUAUGCUAAUAUCUCACAAUCUACUGCAGUUACACCUUAAAAAAAAUACAAAGUGUUGGUACUACCACUGUUGUAGGUGGGAAGUUGGGGUGGUAAGAUACAUAAAGUUAUAUAAUUUGUAUAUGUACAAAACGAUAAAUCAUUGCCAACGAAAUACAAUUCUGGGUAAAGUUAGGUUAAACAUGUUGUGAAAUGCUGUAAUUUUUACGAUUUUGUGAUUAUUUUACAGUUUAAAUUAAGUUCCACUCACAAUCAUAUUUUUUUGGCGAUGUCUGUACAAUUUAAAUUUUACAAAGAAGCUAAUUUUUGAUUUUCGUCUGAAGCAAGAUUACUAAAUGAAAUGUACAUAAACUAACAAAAAAAAAUCACAUCAUUGUAAACCAAUAAAUUCCUCGCUCCACUUAGAAUCUAAACACAACUAUUCUUCAAUUUGAAAAACCUUUUUUUUCGAAUGCUUUAUAAUAUAAAUUAUUAUUGUAUAACAAAACAACUGCACUAGAAUAAGUAGAAAUUAUGUUUUUGAUAAAAUCGUUACGUUUUACACGUAUUUCGAUAAGCGAAAUCGUUUUUUUGACGAAUAAUGAUAGUACCUAAUUUAAAAUGUAUUUUCGAUGUGCCUAAUAGUAUAAACCAUAAACUAUAGCUUCCUCGUAAUAUUUUCAAGUAUACAUCAGAAUUUUAUCGUAUUGGUAGAUUUUCAUAUUAAAAUAUUCAAAAUAGAGAAAACUGUUUGAUGAAAAAGUUGUAUUUAAUAGUAUAAUUUAAAACUCUAUGAGAACUUAAAAAUAAAUCCCAUUUGGGAGAAUUUCGGGAUAAAAUUUUAAAAUUGUGCGUGUGCUUUACAAUUUUUAAAAAAUUUAAUCAUUCUUUCAGGCAAAACAUGUUUGCAUUAAAAUAUGUUUAUUAGCCAGUUAAAUUUAUUAAAGAAAUAUAUUUACAAAAAAAAAUGUAGUUUCUAAUUUGAAUUUAAAAAAAUUACCCCAAAAUUUGCCUCCUCCCCUACUUCCCAAAAAGGCAUUUAAAAAUAUCAAGCUAACACAUAAUUUUAAAUUAUACCUUUGAAUACAACUUUUUCAUUUUACAUUUUUAUCUUUUUCGCGUAUUUAUAUGAAAAAUUUGCUGUACCUACAACAAACUAAUCUGAGCACUUUAUAUUUAUGUGAGUAUAUUUUCAAUACGUCCGGUUCCCAUACAUUUAAAGUUAUCGUUAUUGCUAUAUUUUAUUGAACUUAAGAGACGGGUAAUUUUUAUUUUUCCAGGACGUCAAAUUUAAAAAGAAAAAUAAUGAUAUAUAGGCAUUGUUUUAUAUUGUAAAAUAUAAUGUGUUCUAUAAUUUUUGUUUUCUUCAAUUGUUUUUAAGUGUUUUCAAAUGUUUUUAAGAAUAAUAAUAAAUAUACUAAUUUCGAAAUAGUUUAUAUCACGUGUGUUCUAAAAUCGUCGAUCAUAUUGACACAAAUAGCGUUUUUAGAGGACGAUAUUUUACAAAAAAAAUUAAUAAAAAUUUUUAGUAAAUAUAUAUUACUCGUUAACUUCUUAGUAAAACUUAGCCCUUUCACUGUUCACAUCUAUACAAUCGAUCAUUAUAAAUAUAUAAUACAAAUAUUAAACAUAUUAUCACGUAUAACAGGGCAUUUUUUUUCAAAUGAGGUUUUCUGUGACCAAGUAGACAUACAGUAAAGCCCACUGGAUGCACUUUUUUGUAGAAAAAUAAAUGGUAAAUUAUAAAAUUAGUAGAUUUCAUAUUACAAAAUAUUAAAGGAAUUAUUGUCACUGGGAGGAGGAAGGUGUAUUCGAGGAAAGUACGUAAGUCAAGGUAAGGUUUUUCUCGUGGACAUUUUUUUUAAGAGAAAAGAGAGUGGACACGUAGUGGAUAUAUUCACUAAAAAAAUGCCCCGGCGUGUAAUGAAUUUUAUUAAUAUUAAUAUCGACAAACUUGUGAUUCACAUCCGUUUGCGAUGUUGGAUCUCAGAGAUCUUUUCAUUUCAUCGCGAACUCGGCUGCACGUGCAUAAUAAUAUGAUAGAAUUUGUACUAUAUAGCGAUGAUGACGAAGCCGACGAAAAUAUUAUGUUUAAACGCGUGUUUGCCAAUCGUUAUUGUAUAAUGGUCUCACACAAUAAUCGUUUUAUUAAACUCUAAACGUUUUCGUUAAUAGUAAUUCGAAUUUAUCUGAUAAUUAUUAUUACGGGCGCUACAUCAGACAUAGGCGAUACACAAGCGAACAUCGGACGAUAAACGCGCACUGACACAUGCCGCGGAAGACAGACGAGUUUCCGGCGCGAAAACGGAUAGGUACCACCGAACACGAUGGGACACGGCCGUUAACAAUAACGCGGUAUACAAUAAUACUGUAACCUUUCACCGAACACAACUGCGGUAUCCGUAAUACGGUAUACGAGCGGUAUAAUAGCGUAUAAUACGAUCGGGCCGUAUUUUUCCACUUCCACGCCCGCCGGAAUAAUUCUUUUCCGUCCCGCCGCGAAACAUCCCCUCCCCUCUCAAAUAAGGGAAAUUUUUACUCCAUCUAAAAUCCUUACAUUUUAAACGGACGUCCUGCAGUUCUUCGAUAGUUUCGUAAAAAAAAAUAAUAAUAAUAAUUGCAACGUUUUUCGGCUCAAAAAUACAUACCUAUUCGAAUAUUAUUCGAUCAUAAAUGUACAGUAUAUAUCUUUGGCACCAAGAAAGAAGGGCUUGAGUCAAUUUAUGUAAUUUUUAUUUUUCGUCUAAAUGGCAUAAUUUAGUAAUAAUUGUAUGUAUUUUCAAUAUUUAUUAAUUUACCCUUAUUGAAAACUUCAGAAAAUUGACUUCAGCCUUUCUUUCUUUCCUGGGACCAAAAAUAGAUAUAUUCUCGCAUACCGUUAUCACGAUCAUUUUUAUUAUCAGAUAUUUGCGUAUUCAUGCAAUAUAUUAAAUACCUUUCGAAAUAUUAUUUUUAAAUUUUGAAUGUAUAGCGAAGAAACCAUAAUACAGGAUAUGUUUCUUUUAUCGUUGAUCACUUAUUUAGCGAAGUAUUGACUAUUUCCAAAUAACAAUUUUUUUGAAAAUUUAAGAAGAGGGCAGAUCUAAAAUGUAUAUUAUUAUUAUUGUUAUUAAAUUUAUUUUUAGGGAAGAAACGACUACCAACGUUUGUUUUUCAAAUGGUUACCUACAUUAAAAAUUCCAUAAAUAGGUAAAACAUAUUAUAUAGCAGAGGUGUCCAACCUUUUAUAAAAACUGGCCCGCAUCAUGUAAAUAGAAGUUGUGGGUCACAUACAUUUUAAUAAUAAUAAUAAAUUUUAUUUAUAAUUUUUACCAUAGUGAAUAAUAAGUAGAAAUAUUUUAACGAGCUAUUGCAUGCAUUGUAUGCAUAUUUACAAGAAAAAACAUAUUUAUUUAUAAUUAAAAGAAAACAAUUUUAAAAUAAUAUAAUUUAAUAAUUAUUUAAUUGUUAUUUUUGUUAUAUUAGUUUCUUUAUCACUAUCGGGUCCCAAUAAAGAUAAAAAUUGCAUAUACUAGUAUAUACUAUUAAGUAAUAUUUAAAGUUUUUUAAUUUUUAAUAUUUUGUAGUUUUAAUUCUUAAAAUAAAUUUGUUCUCGUAAUAUUGUAUAUAAUUAAUUGAUGAUUUGAAAUUGAAGUGAAGGCCGUAUUAAAAUCUCCCGUGGACCGUGGGUUGGACACCCUUUUUUAUAUAGUUUAAAUACAUUUUAAUGUUGAAAUUUGUUAUUUCUGUCUACCCGUUCACGAGAUAUUCUACUUUUUAAAUGCUAAUAAGGGGUAGCACUAUUCAAAUGCCGCGUGUCGCCAUAGAAACGAUACUCUGCUACUUUCCCUCUACCCAAACUUAAAUGUGGAAUAUCUCGUGAAUGUGUUGACGUAAAUCAAAAAUGUUACACCGAAUUUCAUUUAAACUAAAAAUCUAUCUAUUUAUGAAACUUAAACUUGAUUUGAAAAUCAAAAGUUGGUAGUCAUUUCAUCACCAAAAAUAAUUGUAGUGUACAUUUUAGAGAAUUUUGUUUCUUAAAUUUUCGAAAACAAUUUUUUUGAAAAAAAAGUAAAUACUUUUCAAAAUAAUUAGUGUUUAAUGAUAAAAUAAUGGCUCUGUAUAAUCAUAUGUUAUGGUUUUAUUCAUUCCUUUUCGGGUUAUUUGUUCUUAUAGAAACCAUGAAUAGUUCAUACAUCGUAUAUGCCAUCAUAUUUAUGAAAUUUCCGCCCGGCGCAACACGGCGGUAUCUACUUUAUUUGAACAUUUUUUUUUUUUUAUUUUCCCACCCAAAACAGUGCAGGUAUAUUUUUUACCGCUAAAAUUUUUAGUGAAAUAUAUAUGUAUAUUUUUUUUUGAUCUGGACUUAAAAGUUUACAGUAAAUAUUAGAAUUUUAACGCCCUUGGAUUUAAAUGAAUGAUUUUUUUUCUUUAGUAUUGUAAUGCGAUUUCCGUUUAUCCAUCAUAAUAACUCAAAAUCGACGAGGUGCAUCCGAACGAUAAAAUUCCAUUGCUUAAACACGUUUACUGCUCCAGAAUACCAUAGUAAAUAAGUAUACUCGACGACGACGACGAGCCGAAGUCACGAUCGCGUUACGACUACUAUAAUACAAUUAUUCUGUUAUUAUAAUAUUGUUUUGCGAUAAGUAUUUAAAUUAUUAUUCGUGUAAACUCGUGAACGACACCUGCAGCAAAGCAAGGUGGAUUCACUCUUAUAAAUCCUCCUUGAAAGCCAUCACGGUGUACACAUUAUAUUAUUAUGUUCGACUACCAUCAUCAUAUUAUAUUCACACCGGUAAUUAUAUGUUAUUAUUAUUGUACCCUACGUAUAUUAUACAUUUAUAAUACAAUAACGCGUAUUCCACUUCAGAAGGUUUUUUAGAAAAUUCGUUGAGUAAACUAAACUUCAAUUUCACAUUUCGUAAUAUACGCGCCAUCCGUAUACAUUACGAAUCAAAUUAUGAGAACUUAUAUUUUAAAUGUACCGAAAUCGCGUUUUCCACCGUUGUGUCCCGCAUUGAAGUUUGUAUUUCUGUAAUUAUAUUCUAUCAUUAACGGAUUUCAGAAUUUUUUUUUUUUUUACUAUAGUUUUUACUUUUUUCGGUUCAACAAUAUGUUUGGAAACAAAUCCACAGUAAGCUCUCUAAAAUAUCUUUUUCUUUAAAUAUUAUGUUGGUAUCUGUGCGAACAAAUUAAUUCGAUUACAAUUUAUUUCAACCUAAACGCCACAAUUUUAAGCAACCGAGACGGCAGUGAAUAUGCGGGUAUAUCGCCAUAGCCCUCUUAUUUAUCGUUGUGUGGUAAUUAUUAACGCAAGAUUUUUUUUUUUAGUUUCACACUCCACAAACUCGAGUAAAAAAAAAAUAUAUUCUAGUAAUAUCUUAUAGUUGAAAAUCGAAACAAAACGUCCGACUUAAUUGGAAUUAAUUUAAACCAAAAACGCAAUAAAUUAUAUACCCAUGCCGUGGUAUUAUAAUACGUAAGUGUAAUAUAAAAAAAAAAUGAUGAAAACAUUAAUUUUAAUUUUCCCAGUACAAAUACGAUUGCAUUUGCACUAUAAUAUAAUGUUGUUAGCGAUGCGAACGAUCUCAAUAUUGUAACCUAUCUCGAACAUUAAUUGUUGGACUGAAUUAUGUUUUGUUGUAAAUACUAUGGUAAAAUCGAUAACGGUAUUUUCAUGGUUACAAAAAAUAGGUAAUUCGUCUGUGGGCCAACAAUAUGUGUAUUUAUAGUUACAUUGAUUUAACUUAAACAAACAAUGGUGAUUAUUAUUGAAUUUGACUUUAUAUAAAAUACAAUAUAAUUAUUGUUAUUAUGAUAAAAUUAUAGACAAUAAUCUAUGGAACGAAAAUAUAUUUUUUAUCAUUAGUUUCUGUAUGAUAUAUAGAUCGGUAAAAUGACGACGCCGGCAAUGCCUUCGGCACCUCCCCUGCAAACCGACUGUCCCUCCCCCCGAGUGCCUAUGUAUCGAGUGAGUUUUCAAAAUGUUUGUAUUGUAAAAUAUUAUUUGGGCCAAUUCACAGUUAUACAGGAAGGUCGACUGAUUGCAGACAAUUGUAAUACGUGUGUGCUUUUAAAAGUAGCGAUAACAUUUUAAUCCGUUGGCUCCGUGGGUUUCAUUGUGGUCGAAUAAUGAUUUAUAUACGUGCAAAAAAAAAUCCUCUCAGUAAUCAAUACGCGUUGUAUAUUCAAUUAAUUUAUAAAGAAUAGCGUGUAUUAUAUAGUUUGUCGAUUUCAAUAAUUUUUGACAUGAUAUAAAGACAGUAUAAUAAUAUUUCGACCGUCGUCGUCGAAGGGAAAACUGGGAAUUAAAAUUUUUUUUUUUUUACAGUUAUUCAUUAUUAUAAAAUUAUAAAAUAUAGUACUUAGUAUACGAUCGUUUUAUCCGACUAUAGUUUUAAAUAGUCUAUAUUAAUAAAAUAUUAUAUGGCCCGUAUUAGGACCCACGAAUGGAGAAAACGACAUAAUUAUAGGAACUCUAAAAUCUGUUCUAGAGGCUAUGUAUUACGUGAACCAAUAAAAGAUUUUUUUUCGAAUUUCUCAAUACUUUUUUCGAUUUUUUCUCCCAGUACCUUGUAAGAUGCGGAAUUUCCAACCGGUGAUGCUUCACCGUUUUAUUAUUAUUAUUUUUUUUUUAAUGUUUUUGUAUUGCGCGCGGGUAAGUCUGUGCAGAGCAAUAUUUUCUUAUUUUUCUUCUUUGAUUUUUAUAACACUAUACAUUGUAAGAGUUUUGUCAUCGAAACUACUUCCCACUUUUUUCUCGAUCACGGACAAUAUUUCUAUCAAUUCUAUCCAUUUCUUAGAUUUUCGAAAGCUUUUUAUAUUACAUCCGAUCGCUUUUUCCCGUGGGUUUCUACCCUUUUUGUUUCCAAUUUACAAACAUUUCAAUGGUGUUUUCGCAUUACGUGUAAAACCGUAACCCCUUUAUGAAGCUACAUAAUAUAUUAUACGUGAUUUAGUAAUAAUAAUACGGACUUUUAAAUUUAUUAUACCUAUUAUGAUGGAUUAAAUACUAUAUUUUGAAAAUCUGUAAAUAAAUCGCAUUUUUUUUUAAGAAUAACAAAAAUCAGCAAAUAUUAGACCAUUAUCGAUGUAUAGUAUUAUUUUUUUGUAUAUGUAAGUAUUUUGUUUGGCGGUUUAAAGCUAAUAAUGGUUUGCUCUAACUGUGCAGUGAUGGAAACGCGUUUGUGUAGCAGUAUAGUAACCGUCGUCUGCUGGUGUAAAUCACUUUGUCGUAAAUCUUUAUCUCGUUAUAUAUAUAUAUAUAUAUAUGUCUUUUUUUACGCCAAGGUGUUAAACUAUAAUAGCCCGUGGGAUCUAAUUUAAUAUUUUUCGUUUCAGAUGGGCGGUGUCAACGUUAAUGUCUCGGCAAAACACGAUUCCCAACUCGGACGAUCCUCCCGCAAACGUCAGUGCUCUUAUACCGCUAUGGGAUAUGUUCAAUCACCACGAGGGAACGGUAAGAACAUAAUAAUUUUUCGCCAUUAUUGCAUUCAUUUUUUACUUUAUUCGUAAUUAAUUUUUAUGAUAUUAUCAAACGGUAUAUUUAUUCUAUAAAUAUUAUUCCCCCGCACACAUUUGUUCAUAAAGAAUGUAUCCAUAUAGGGUUUGAAAAUAAACUGCAACACCCUACUAUGAUAUUAUAUUACAUAAUAUAUGCCUGCUCAUUAAUAAUAUAGUAAAACAUAGUCUAAUUAUGCAUAAUCCAAAAAGUAUUAAAGAAUUUUUGUUUUUAAAAUCAGUCAUUAAAAAUGCCUAUGGUUACCAUAGCGCUCUCCCGGACCUCAAAAACUCAAACUAAUUAAAGAAAUUAAAGGAAGGAUAAUUUUACCCCCAUUUCCCUCCCACUUUAACCACAGUAGAUAACGCGCGUAACAGACAAUUUCGUAUAUUUCGUAUUUCGGUCGUUUUAUGAAGACACGCAGUCAAAAUUGUGACAAUGUAUAACGUAUACCUAAUCAGACGUUAUUAUUUUAUAACUGUAUAACUAAGAGUUUUAAUUUUUUAUCAAAAUUCGCGUAAAUAAUAACAAAACGGAUAUUCGUUAAAAAAAUAUACGUUUAAAAAAAAAAAAAACAAUAUUAAUAAAUUUGUAUUAGUUUUUUUUUUUUGGUUAUUAUCACAUGUGCGGUCGACAUGACACGCUAAAAAAUUAUAUAAUAAAAGAACAUUUUUUUUUUUGUACAUCUGUAUAAUAUAUAUUAUUAUAAUAUAAAAUAUCAUAACACGUUACGUGUAUCUCGUUACUAAUAGGUAUUAUGAGUUUGCGGUGUUCUAGUUAUUUAGUUAUAGUUAGUCCUAUACUGGUCAAUAGGUACCUAUAUAGUGUAUAAAAUAAAAUACAUGUUAUUGAUGUUUUUUUUUGUCUUUCCGUUUCGGAUUUGAGGAUAAUUGAAUAUAUCCUGUAUAAUAUAAUAUAUAUGUGUAUAAUAUAUAUAUAUAGCUUCGUAGCCUUAUUAUUACGAUCGUAGCGAAUGGCGAGCAAUACACCUAUAUUGGCUUUUUUUUUUUGAGAUUAUCCGCAAUUUUCGAUCGGUGCUACUGAAUGAUAUAAUAUAAUAAUCAGUUAUAUUACCGAUAUCGUACCUAUAGAUAUACUAUUUCGUUUUACGAAGCCAUUUUAAUAUUUUUCAAAACCAAUCGCAGUCACAGACUUUUGCACAGGUCCUUUUUUUGCACUCGUACAACCUAAUCUAACCUAAUUUAGUAUAACCCAAAACAGGCUCGGAUUACUUUAUAUGCCAGGUAAACACGUAUGUAGGGCUAAAUAAUAACUCGGGCUAUUCAAUUUAUUUUGUUUCUAUUGUAAUACCACAAUAGCGUCCCAAAAUUAAGCAUGUUUUAAAUAAUAUAAUUUUGUACUGUACAAUAUUCAAAUUACUUAUAAGAUUUUCAGUUGAAGUUCCAGGUGUUGGUUAUGAAUGUAUGAUAUUAUAUUACUUAUAGAUAACAGAAAUGGGCUGCACAGAAAUAUAUGCUUAGGGCUAUAUUUUGGCUUUAUCCGACCCUGGCCCAGGCCCUGGUCCUGGCCCGUUACAAGGAUUAUCAAAGACUGACCAGUGGCCAUAUAUUAAUUAUUACCGCCUUCUUCUAUUCAUUUCUGUUUAAAUGUUAUAUUUGUUUUUUUAUACGGGUUAUCAAUCCUUUAAUAAGACAUUCGUUAUCUCCGGAAGUAAUAACUUAUUUUCAUUAAAUGUAAGAAAAAGACAGCUCUAAAAUUUUACAUUUUCUUUAUUCUUUGUCACUCUCUUUUGAAAGUAAAACGACUAUUUUUGAUUGACUUUAGAUUUUCAAAAAUUACCCUAUAUUAAAAAUUAAAUACGUAGAUGUUCUAUUAGUUUCAAUAUAUUUUAGUGUUGACAUUUUUGAUUUCUGUUAACCCGUUCACGAAAUAUUCCACAUUAAAGUUUAAGUAGGAGAAAGUAGUGGAGUAUCAUUAAAUGAUACUAAAUGAAAAAAAAAAAAAAUUGAGUUACGUCCUUCUUCGUAGAGCGUGUAAAUUUUGUGUGAGGAGGAAGUGCGGCGUUUUAAUAGUGCUCCACUUUAUUCUUCCCCCAACCAAAACUUAAAAUUAGAAUAUCUCUUCGACGGAAAUUUAAUAAUAUCAACUCCAAUAUGCAUUUAAACUAAAACUGUAUCUAUUAAUGAAAUUUUUAAUACAGGUUACUAUUUUAAAAUCAAUAGUGUACAGUGGUUGUACCCCCAAAAAUAUGGGUGACAAAAAAAUCAUGGUAAUAUUAUAACAUUUUGGAACUGCUUACUUCUAAAAUUUAAAGAAAAAAAUUUAGUUAAAAAAAAACAGUUAAUGAGCUGAGUGUCUAAUCAAGGAUUGACUAUGCUGUAUAGUAUUUUUCUAAAUUCUGUAUUUCUGCCCCUUUUUUUCCGGAGAGACACGCUCUUAGUCCAAGCAAAUUUGAUCUAAACCUAUAAACUACAUAGCUGGCUUUAUUACUAACCUAACCGUUUACAUGGGCGGUUAACAUUACGAUUAGUUUAAGUUUUAUUGUUAUCGAAUACAUAUGAUAAUUGACCGUGCUUGACGUUUUCUCGUUCGGCGAUCUUUUUUCGCAGCUGUCGACCGAUUUCGUGAAAGCUGACAACACGUGUGUUUGCUACGCGAACUCAUCUUACUUAUGCAACGAUCAAGUGUACAUAUUCUACGGGGUGCGCACAAAUGCCGACUUCCUGGUGCACAACGGUUUCGUGUAUCCGGAAAACAAGCACGACGCCGUUAAGAUACGGCUGGGCGUUUCCCGUUCCGAUCCGUUCUACACGCUCCGGCUCCGGCUGCUCCAGACGCUCUCCUUGCCCCCGCUGGCAGAAUUUAACCUGAACGUUGGACCGCAACCACUCCACGGCAAGCUACUGGCGUUCGUUCGCAUUUUCAACAUGGAUCAAAGUAAGUGAUGCAUAUAUAUUAAUAUGAAACCUGACAUCUAUUGUGCUUUUUCAAGGACUUGAGGGCGUAUGUGUUUCGCCCCCCAUCCAAGGUUUGCACUAAUAUCUAAUUCUACACAAAAUUUGCAGUUAUUAAAAAAAAACUGUUAUGAAUAUUCCCUUAAGCAAUUACAAGAGAAAUAAUUAUACAAAUAAUGAACGUAAAAAUAGUGACACGAAUACAUUAAUACUAUGGUGAAGUCUUCAUACAAAAAAAAUUAAUUCGAUUUUUAUCUCGCAGUAAAUCUGAGAAGGUGGGAAAGUGAGAGUUCCUUCCCCUUGACAUUUUUUCAAAGAGGAAAAUGUUUAUCAAAAUUUAUUUAAAUUGAUUAAAAAAAAAAUAUGGUUUUCAAACAUUUUUUCGAAUAACAGCAUCGAAACAAACAUUUGCAGUUCUAAAAUUUUCUUAGCACAGGCUCUGUCCCCUACACUUCAUCUUCCCCCCCAUUUUGGACCUUACAUCCUCUUCUAAAUCCAUAAGUGUUUUAUAAUUUAUUACGUACGUAUAUACAAUGUAUGUGUGUAAAAAAAUAUACUAUGCCUCUCUGUGCAGUUUACGGUAAAUUUCCUAUGUAUACGCAUUCGUCACAUAUACAGUUGUAUACAAUAUAUACGGUGUGGGGCAGCGCAAAAUUCGAUAUUAAACUCGACGUUUGGUUGCCCAAUUUUUGUGCAGUCCACCAUACGAUCAAACGAUUUUUUUUAUCAGUCGACUGUGAUGUAUAAUUAUGCUGCUGCGCAGUGUUGUAAACUGUAGUAAAUAUAUCUUUUAAAUACUUAUAUAGUAUAAUUAAAACACUUCAUAUAGCUGAAAAAUACAAUUUCAAAAUAUAUACAUAAAUAUACUUUUAAUUUACUCGAAUCGCUUUUUGUAGAAACAAAUUUGAGUUUUGAAUAAAUUACAGUAUUUUAUGUGAAAUGUAUAGUUAUAAAAUUAAGUAUAAAAUCCAAUUGAAAACGACUAAAAAAGUAAACCUAGCUAUUUAAAAGAAACUUUUCGACUACAAAUACGAAAUAUUAAUACUUUCAAUUUACUCGAACAUAUUCCAACAUAAAUUAUUUAAAAAACGUUUAAGAAUCGUUUUUGUGAAAAAUUAAAAAAACAUAUUUUAUUUUCGUGCAAUAGGUACAGCUACAAUUUCAUAGAAUUCGACAGUUUACACGACUGUUCUCGCGGUUCAAGAGAAAACGUAUCCUUACAAUUAUUUUUAAAUUAUUAACAGAAUUUACAUCAUACACAUUUAUGCAAACUCCCGGGGAAAAGGACGCAGUCCUCUAUUAUACAUCAAUGUAUAUCUACAUUUCAGUUUCGUCAAAAUGUUAACUUGGGCGUCCGUAAACAAAAAUUAACUGUUCUGUAAAUAUGACUCUACAUAGAAGUUCACUUUCUAAAAUACAGUUUUUAGACAAAUAUAUUACACACGGUAUAACCGCUCAAUCCGAUAAUUUCCUUUGUAAUUACUUAGGAUUUGAUAAAAUCCUACAUAUACAUACGGUAUCCUGCAGUUAACGCCUAAUAUAAGAACAUACGAGUAUUAUUAUAAUAUUAUUAUCAAAGUACUAAUAACAAAAUAAUUUCGAAUUUAUGCCGUUUGUCCGUAGAAACAUUGGAGGAUUGGAUUGGAAUGGAAGAGAAACACUGUUUGAAUUUGAUGGACAGCUCUGUCACGCUCGAACCCGUGCUGGAAAAGAAAUGUUGGGAAUUUUUACAAGUCAGAAUCAAUUUGUUGAUAAAGCAGUAUCCUCCACCGCCGGAUAAGAAUGUUCGUUCUAUUAUAGUAACUAUAUAUAUAUAUAAAAUUAAUUUUUUUAAAUUAACACCCUGACUAUAUAUAGCCGUAAGGUAUAAUAGUCCGUUCUGGAGUACAUCGCAAUUUUGACAUUACGGCAUUUUUUGUAGAAAAAAAAAAAUACUCAAACGCUCUGUGCGGUAUUGUACAUAUUAUUCUCGAAACAACCGCGAAGAUUUUAUUUUUCGAAAAAUUUUAAACGUAUAAUAAAUUCUAUAUUAUAACAGUCAUUAAACCGUGAUAAUGGAGCGUACAUACCGUUAAGUACCUAGCCUACCGGUAUUUUUGAGACAAAAACCAUAACUAAAACGUUAAUAGCUCGUGGUUUCGGAACCAAUUAUAAUAUUAAAUUAUCGUACUUAAUAUUAUUGCCGGCGCUGCAGUUUGGGCAAUAAUAUUCAAUAAUACAAAUCAUUACGAGACGCCUGUUAUAAUAUUGGCAGGUACAUUUGAUUGUGUCGCAUAUAAAAAUAGUACCGGAUGUGGGUAUUAUAUUAUUAUGCCGUAAGAAAAAAUUAAUUUUGAAACAAUGCACCAGUCCUGUGUGUGCACGCAUCUAGCUCACGUACCAUCGACAUUAUAUUGGACAUGUGUGGUUUUUUUUUAAGAUAUAGACCAAUAUACCGUUUCUGCUACGUCAGCGUGCGGAACACUCAAUAAUUAAUACCCAACGGCAGCAUGGUGAACUCAAAAUCGUGCAGAAGUAACGAACGAUAACAAUACUAAUUGCCAUAAGCGUGCGCGGGUCCGCUUGGCAAAGUGAGCAACGAUCUUUGAAUCAAACCUUACACAAAAACUUUAGGCACAAAUAGAUCAACUAUUUUUAGAGAAGGCCGUAAACCCCUAUUAUAUUGAUUAUGAAUACUUUAUUUUGUGGGGCUUGGUUGAGUUUUUGAGGGAGGGAGGGUUCGAAAUCCUCCAAACACCCUUUCCCUAUUUGUACAAAUGUACAAAAUGCAGGGUACUAACAUAAAUUUAAUAUUUUUAAAAAAAUGUAUGUCUUAAAUAGUUUUUUUUUUUUUUUUUUUUGAUAUUUUGGUAGAAAACCUCGCAGGAGAGGCAGCCCGCCUCUCCUGAUUCCUCCGUGUGCACACUUAUACCAAUCGCGUACGCUAAUCUUGCAAAUCUUGUUACAUUUUAGAUUCUGAGUGGGGCAAAGAGAAGCUUGUGGUUUUACAAAGAUGUUUUUUUCUUUUUUUUUUAUCUGUUAAUAACUUUCUACCAGAAAACUUGCUUUUUGAUUUCUAAGUAUAGCACCUUUUCUGAAAGGAAAUCGAUGUAGGUUGGUAAUUUAAGGAGGUGAUUUUCCCAAAUUUUCUCAUAACAAUUUUGCACCAACUUAUAUUAAUAGCAAUAUUUCUAAAAGGAAAUUUUACUUGGGAGGUACUUUAGAGAGGUCAUUUUUCGAUUUUCUCAGAAUUUUUCCCAGCAAAUGUGAAACACUGGGAUAAAACAUGGGAAAAUCAGGAAAAACGUAGGAAAAUUGGGAAAAUCGGUAAAAUAUUAAAUAAAUAUUAUUAAAAAAAAUAUAUAAAGCCUAUUUAAUUAUUUGACUAUAAAAUUACAUAUAUAUUGUUGACAAAGCAUCACUAUUAACUGAACUCAUAAGGUAAUUAAAAAUUAAUUUUUUUUAUAUAAUAUAUAAAAACGAUUAAAAUGAGUUUUUUUGUAUUAUAUUUAAAAAUAAACUUAUUUUCCACUACGCUAAUACUUAUAUUUUAGAAGAGAAAUAAACGUUUUCAAUACUUUUAAAUAAGUUUAUUUUUCCAAACCUUUUCGUUGAAACGCCUAUUUUGGCUCGAGUUUAUAGUAUUGAUCCAAGUACAGUUCGACUAUUACCUUUUUUUUUUUUUUAACUCAAAUGCAAUUCGAUUAAAAUAAGUGCAAUUUUUCUUUACUUAAGGACAAAAGCUAAGACGAGAAAAUAUUUGUCUCUGAGAAGUAUAUAGUUUAUAUUAUUGUGCAAUAUGAUAAUAUAAAACCUAAUCUUAAAUUUAACUAGAUCAACCGUACUCAAAAAAAAAAAAAAAUAAAGUGUAUCAUAAUAGAUAAUUUCAAGUUUAAUGAUUUGUAUAGACCCAUAAAUGGCAUUGUGAUAUAUGAAUAUAACUUUUAAGACAUAUCCUGUAUAUUAUAUAUUAUAUAUAUAAAUUUAUAUAUGAACAUUAUUUUAGUAGUAACUCAAUCAUUUUCUAUUUCAUUAUGUUAUGUUAUUAUUUUAUUAUGUUACUCAAAUGGGCAGUUAUUCGUAAUGUAGGUAAUCAGUUUAAAAACACAACAAAUUAUUGAUCCUGCGAGUUAUUCAUGGGUGUUGAGUAUAAGUACAUUAAUAAUUCAACACGUUUUAAACAAAUAAUAAUUAUUUUUAAAUUGGAAAGUCGAUUUGUAGUUAGAUAUUUAGGAAGGCCUUCAUCAAAACCCCGACAAUUACAAUCCCGACAAAGUUAAAAUUCCAACACACAAUAUUACACUGAGUUUCGCAGACUUGAUUACCUGCAUUCCCUGAGAUUGUGUAGGUGAUCGCCUAAUUAUGGCCCUUAAAAUUAUACUGGUUAUCAAAUUGUACAACAAAAUGUAAGUCAUACUUUUUUAAAUUUUUAAUUAAUACAAUAAAAUCUAUGUAUUCAAUAACUCGUCGCAUUAUAAUAGAGUAGAGUACAUAUUUUACAUUAAAAAAAAAAAAAAAAUGACAAAAAAAAGCCCCUUCAAUAUUGUACGGUAUGUAACUGUCGGUAUUUCAACCGAUACGGUAUUUUAACUGUCGGAAUUUCGACCCUGUUGGGAUUGUAACUUUCAGGACCCGGACCCAGAUAUUUAUUAUUAUAUGGAAGGACAAUUUUGAAAGUGGAAAAAUUAUAUAAUUUUAAGCAUUAGUAUAGUAUGUUUUAUUAUGUUUGAUAAAUAAAUCGAUAAUAAUAUAUUAUUAAAACGAGUUUCCCGUAGGUAAGUACCUACCUAAACCCGUUUACUAUAUUUUAUUUCCAAAUGGAAAAAAAAAUGUCAAUCUAUAAAAAGCUCAUUACUAGGUAUUUUAAAAAUUUAUAGAAUUUUUAAAAAAUCGUUUUGUAGAGUUUCCUUAUUGAAUGAUGCAGUGAUGGCGGCGAUCGUGCUCUGUAAUUGACAGCUUAUUAAUUUCAACAAAUUACUGCGGUAUAGAAUUUUAUAAUACUGUCUGUCACUCUUUCAUCCGUAAACUUCUGUUAUACUUACAUCACAACCAUCGUUAUUGCCUAUAUUAUUAUAUUUAUGUAAAACUUACCGCUACUGGAAAAAAUAAAAUAAAAAUAAGAUUCUUGUAAACAAACACAAAUAUUAUGAAUAACGAUUAAAUUAUUUAUUGUAUAAAUAGUUUUUUUUUUUUUAUAUAAUAUUAUAUACACAAGUUGUGCAAUAAUUCUACUGUACUGCUGCAGUAGUUUUCUUUAGAAAUUUGCAAAAUAUUACGAUACAUUUUUUUGUGUUAUAAUUUUGAUGGUAUAUCUUACAUGUAUAUAGUUUUAAUUAAGUAAUAAUUUAUAAAAGAUCUAUUAAAAAAUUAUAUAUUUAGAGCAUAGCAUGGGACCAUAAAUGAUACCUAAAAAAAAAUUAGAACUUAAAUUUAGAAACUUUUGAGAUGUGAUGUUGAUGGCAUAUAGAAAAUAUAAGUUGGAUUGAGAGAAAAAAAUAAUAAAAAAGAGGCGAAUUUCAAAAUCAAAUAGUUAAUAGGUUUUAUCCGCCACUGACACCGCCUUUCCUUAUCUUAGACGGUUUACCUCUAAUCGGCCACACACUUAAAAUUCUAAGAAUCUAAUUUGUUGACCCGUCAAUUCGGCUAGGUGUUAUGGACAGAGUCAGGUGGCAGAGUGUAAUUUGCCAACCCGAUUUUGUGUAUGUUUUAUUGACCUAACAAUUUUAUCUUACAAUGAGCUAUUGAAAAUUAUGUGCAAGUAAACUUUGGGUUAAUCCGACUUUGGCUACAGCCCUACAUAUUAUAUAUUCGUAACUUAAUUAGAGAUCUGUAACAUUUGAAACUCACAAAAAAAAAUGUCGGUUGUAUGGUUUUCUCUAGAUAUUAUAAUAUUAGUACAAAUUAUUUUCUUAAAACAUUUCGUGUAACGCUGACCACCGUUAUGCGAUAUUUUUAGAAAUUGGUUUAAUUCUGUGCACAUAACGCUAAUGUAUUCUCAUCCGUUUAGGGUAUACCUAUCGAUAAUAACCAUAACGGUGAGUUGGUGCGCGUGAUGGUGAUUGAACACAAUACAUACCUUGUUACAAUGCGAUUUACAACGAAAAAUUAAUACGUUAUAAAAUAUUAUUAUGUUUUUGACCAUUAAAACUAAUUUCGAAAAUUGAUUUAAUUAUGUCCCUCGAGUAGAAGAAUAGGUGACCAAUUUUCACCUAAAAUAGUAUGCGUUUAAAAAUAUAAUAUAUAUAUAUAUAUAUAUAUUAAAAACUACCUACCAAAUUAAAAUUAUUGACACGUAUUCGUGAUGUAACGUUUUCUUCUAUUUAGUAUUUGGAGAAAACAUAAUACUUUACUUUUUAUUAUAGCUUCUUACAGUAACUUUAAUAGCUGUUGAAAAAUGCUAAAUUACCUUUACAUAUUUUAUAUUUCAGGCCAAGUUGUCAAAGUUUCAACUGUUGGCUCGUAAGCAGAUUGAAAAGGAAUUGGCUAUACUGAAAAUGACACUACAGUAUAUCGGAAAACAUAUGGACAUUUAUGUACCGGGUCCGUUGAAAGUUGUCAAAGCUGCAUAAUUCAAUAUUCAUCAAACUACUUAUAUAUCCUAAUAUUUAUUAACUUUUAAUCUAUAAUCUUAUACGAGUAUUUAAUCAUAUUAUACGGUUUUUUCUUCUUCAUGAUAUGAACUUUCAAGUAACGCGUUUUCUUUUUCUUAAUAAGUGUCAACAUUUUUAAAAUGUAUAAUGACUUUUGAUGUGAAUGAUUAAUUAAAUAAAACAAUUGAUUAUUCAAAAGAAAAAACCUAUAUACUUAUAAUAUAUAUGUAUACCUAUAUUUUAUUUCUUCGAAAAAAAAAAAAUGUGUUUUAAGUUAAAUUUAACG